AUGACAAUCCCCAAGUACGGCGUCUGGGUCGCCCAACCAACACGCUACACAGCCGAGACCGAAAAGCAAGACCCAAAGUCCCCACACAUCUACCUCUACUUCACCGACGGCACCAGCACCAAGCAGUACCAAGCGGCCAUCAACGUCAAAUCCACCGAUAAGGACACCCGCCUCGUCUUCUGGCUUGACCGCGCCUUUUCUCAUCCAAUCACCCAGUUCCUAUCCGCCCUCGAUGAGGGUUUCACUCUCCUCAACAGCAACACCCAGCCGCAAGGCCUGGAUUACAUCCGCACAAAAAGCCUCCUUGACAUAAACGCAGGCAAGGUCCUCCCGCACGACAUCCCCGGCCCAAACAACGACAUCCUCGAUUCCCUCGACCCGAUCCUUUCGACUGCGAUUGCACAAAAGGCAAGGAUGUAUGUGUUUGGGUCGUCGUAUGGGAGCGGGAUCCACGAUGUGCAUAUGAAUCAGGGGAGUCAGCCGCAGUUUGAGAACGGGGUGUAUGAGGAUGGGGCGCUGCUGUUUGAGUUUGCGGACGGGCAUUGGGAAGCGGUGUUUUUGGCGUUUGCGUCGCAGAGGAUUCCGACGGAUGAUAAUGGGGAGGCGGAAGAGGGGAGUAAGGAUCUGGCGGGGAUUUUGGGGAGUGAUCAAUAG